AUGACCAAGCAGACCACUGCUGAGGAAAAGAACUCACAGAGUAUCAACAGCCCAGGAGGUCUCAUGGCGGCAACUCUGGGGGAAGAGUCCGUAUUCGCACCCGCAAUGGCAGUUGAUGGCCAUCGCAGGAAUGCGCGACGAGCUACUUAUUGGAUGACUGAGGGGAAUGUUCGUCCAUCUCAGCUUCGAACUGUACAGCUUGCCUACCUAGGCGGCAACAAGCUGCUUGUACAGACCAAGGUUGGCCACUGCGGAGUUGAUCGGUUCAUUGGUGUGUCCAAGAGCCAGGAGCAACCAGAUCAAACUUCAUUCUGUGCCUAG